CACACGUACAUACAUUCUUUUCUUUUUUGGUCUUUUUAUUCCUGUCUGGAACACUCUUUGGUCCGUGGGAUCGAGUAUAUCAAACCUUUUCCCUAUCUUUUCUCUCUUUAUCUUUUAUUUUAUUUUUUGGUUGUCAUAUAUCAUUGUUUUUUUUGGGUUUCUAUCCGUACAUACCGACCAAACACUUCAGCAUUCUUCCCCUGUCGCCCAUCCUUUUCUCCACUCAUUUACCUUUUUUCUCUCCUUUCUCUUCCUCGUUCUCUAUCAAAGGUCGCCAUCUUCCUCUGCCCGCCCUUGCUUGCUCGAGUCCGGUCUUGAUGUCCCUCAAAUGCGAAUCAAGGGUUCACGAUGAACGCUGUCGCUAGUAGACCAGAGAACCCGGCCGUUGCUUACACGCCAAUCGCCGAUCAGCCAGAAUACGCGCAGAACUACAAGGACGCUGGAUUUGGCGCACCGGCUCAGCCAGUUUCCUCUCGAUCCUCCUCCGUUUCCUCCUUCAAAACCAACUACAGUGCCUCGACCGCACCCACUGCCUACUCUCCGACCCCGUCUACCUUGUCGUAUCGACAAUGCGAUUCUGCGGCCUCCCUGGAUAAGAUCCUCGAAUCCAUUUUCAAACGUGUCCCCCAAGAAGUAUACGAAAACAUCAUAGACCAGCUUGAAAUCCUGCACACUGGGUCGUGCCAAUCGGGAUGUGUAACGUGCUUCCAGCGGGAUUUGCAUGCGUUGUCUUUGACAUGCCGACCUUGGGAAAAGGCAGUUCGCGCUCGACUAUACAAUCGGAUUCACAUAGUCGGGAAUGAUUCGCCAGCCCAGCUGAAGAAAUACAAACUAAAGCGGGGAAGCCGCUUGAAGCUUCUCCGACGCACGCUCCGGGAGAGGAAGUUGCUGGCCAACCUCGUCCUGGAGCUGCGCGUACCGCAGAUGGAUUUGCUGUUCACCACGAGCAAACACAGCACCCAAUGGCAGGAAUAUCGAGAUUUGGUUGCCUCCGUCGUCAUGGUCUGCCCGAACCUGGAGCGACUGAUGGGCCUGAGCAUCCCGUAUCACCACGAAUUCGACCGACUGACGCACGCAUUAUCGACCAGGCGCAAGUUGAAGGAGCAUACCUGGAUUUUGGGAGAAGCCCCCGAGGUGUCGGAGGAUUCCCCUCGCAGCACGUCGUGCCCGGGGAGUUUGGGACCGCUGCAGAUGUUUGAGUUUCUGGACUAUCAUGCUUCUUGGACGAACUUGGAAACCCUGAUGCUCUACGCCCUGAACGAGAAGAGUGCGCUUGAGCCGAGUCUCUUUCUUCGCAUGUUCAACUUGCUCCCCUCGCUUCGCAACCUCUGCAUCUCCAACUUCAACGACGACGCCUUUGGCGAUAGUGCCCUAUUGUGCCUGCCGCCGCUGGAGUCCCUUCGACUGGAGUCCCUGCCCGGUGUCACAGAUACUGGCCUUACACAGUACACCUCGCGUCCGGAGUCGGGUUCACUCAAGUCAUUCACCCUCAUUGAACAGGAUAUCGAUUCGCUGCUUGUGAUCUCCAAGAUCUUGUCAUCCCUGCGUCAUUUGGAGCGGUUCAAGUUUGUUCAGACAAACCGAUGUCCCACUUUGAGUGUCGAUGGGAUCGUUUUUCAACCGAUCCUUGCGUCGUCCAGCCUCAAGUACCUGCAUUGGGAUGUCGCCUGCCCUAACCCCGGUACCGCACUCACUAAGUUCGACUCGGCCCCCUUCGCCAAACCACCGAAGCACGUGGACACGCCGAAUUCCCAUCUUGCCCAAAGCAUACUGUCGGCGGGCUUUCCCAACCUCGAAGCCCUUCGCGCCCCGUCCGAUAUCGAGCCCCCGGGUGUGCUCCAGAACGUUUGUCGGCCGAUUCCCAGCGGACAAGCCCUGCUCCAGCCCGACCGAUACAGCCUUCCGCGCAGCUCCCAUGGAUCCGUGAACACCCGGCCAUUGGCUCUGCCUGCAGGGAACAACUUGACAUCGGCACGGAUCCGCGCCCAGACCUUCAUUGACAUGGCAGCGAAAGAUACGGAAACGGGACUGAGGGUACUCAUCGACGAUCAUUCGGACUCGUUCGUGCCUGAUGUUGCUCUGGAGACCAUGUCGGAUGACGAACUGGAGAACAUGGAAAUGAACCAACUUGGAGAGUGGCGAACCCGGAAACAGCCCAGGGAUGACCUCGAGUUUAUGGAAGAACCGGAAGGCCCCUUGAUCGUGUAUGACUCGCGCAUGCCCGCCUAUAUGGGCCGCACCGGAUGCAAGGUCGGUGGAAACGGCGUGUCGAUCCCGCGUCUCGUCCUUCGCCCCGAUCUCCCCGGCCAGGAGGCGGACGGGGGUCUGCUCGGCUGGAAGCAAAUUCUGGCCACCAAUCAGUCGUUAACAUAUGCGGCGGGCGUCGGAGUGAAUUGCUUUGGCAACAAAGGUGGUGUCAUCCCGCCUCCGGAGGAGCCCCCGUCUCCAGCGUCAACAACCGCCUCCCGGUUCGGCUGGGGCAGUCUCGGCAGCCGCUCGACGAUGGGCACAAGUCCCAAUACGCCGACAACGCCAAUCACUCCGAUGAGCCCUUCAUCGAUGUCGGCCUUGCCUUGGGAGAAAGACAGCUGCACUGGAUCCUGGAAUUACAGCCACAAGAGUGGUCGAGAUUGGUGGUUUCACAUGGAGCGAGAGCGUCCCAAGAAAGUCGAGGCCAUUGAUGUGAAACAGCUGUUUUAACCAGCAUGAUCUGACGGCUUGCUCCCAUAAUGCCUCUCCCUCCCAUCUCGACUUUACGGUUACAUGCCUUUCUUCAACUCCUUCGUUUCUUUAAUUAUCCCAAUCAACAAUGCACGGAAUACGCGGCCCCAGACGCGUCAAAACGGUGUUUACGGACGGACUGGACGAUUCUCCUUCAACGUAUAGCUAUGGAACGUCUCAUCUCCCUUUCAGUCAUUCCAUCGGCCAUCUUGCAUAAUGACAUCGGAGACGGGGACCGGUGUCCCUUUUCCGAAAUUUUUAUUCAAUCUCGGACCUACAUAAUAAUCUACCCUCGGCAAAAGAGGAGAGAGACGUCUCUUCCCUCUGCUUUCUUUCUCUUUCUCUUUCUUUGAUUGCUUUUCUCCAUGGCGCUUUGACAAACGGUGGAAUCACGGGGCGCAGUUAUAUAUCCUCUUCGUUUUUUUUCUGCUCUUUCACCCCUCUUUAUUUGUUUGUUUUCCCUUCUUUAAUUUUCUUGAGUAUAUAUGAAGUCUCUGUCUGUAUCUAUUGUGAGGCUCUUCCCUGUCGUUUUUACCCUCUUCUCUUGUUUCCUUCAAAGACUUGUAUCUGGGUUCGUUCGCUAGUCCAGAUAUUUGUACAGUAUACUCCACAGAACCCGUUACUGGGGAUCGAGUUAGUACAUAAUACAUCGUUCGGUGGAUGUGGGAGAAUGCCUCUGGUU